GAGAGAGAGGGCGAUGAGACUCCUCUGUCGGCGGUCUGUGCGCACACCAAAUGGAACGGGAACUAUCGGCGGAGCGGCGGGUUUAGUCACACUUCCAUGCGCAGAAAUAUUUUCCGGGUGCCUUGGCCGUGCGAUGUAAAGUCAAAAAAUGGCAGAGAGUGGAACGAAUGGGGAGAGAGGAGGCGAGGAUAAAGGAAGAGGAGGUGGCAGACCUCGACAGGAGCCCCAGAGCCCGAAUCUUGGUGUUUCACCAGCAAACACCCCCUCCCUUGGGGCCAAGAGGCAUCUCCCUCGAGGGAUUGUGAUCCAGCUGACUGGGACAGAGGGAGACUGGGACAGUCUGGAUGACAGCGAGCUUAUCUUCUCCCUCGACCACGAUGAAGACUACCCCUCCAUAUCUCUCUCCAAGGAGAGGCAGCUCUCUGUUGAGGAUGGCAGGGGCUUGCAGUCCCAAGCUUUCCACGUUCCCCUUUCUCCCUCAUCUCCUGGCUCUCUCAGCAACUGCUCUGCCAUUGGCCCCAGCUUCCUCUCCCCGGGUCCCUCUUCCCCCACCCACCGACCCCUUGCAAGCCUGGUCAAGUCUCUCUCCACAGAGCUGGAGCCUAAAGAAGGAUCCACCCUGAGACCUAAGCCCUUUCUCAGCCUCGUGAAGUCGAUCUCCACGGAGAUCUCCCGCUCAGAGCCCGAGGUGUCGCAGUCCAAAUCGGACUCCCGCCUCAACCUCCACCUGUGGAAACAGCUUACCCAAACAAAAACCCGCAGCAACGGGGACUCUCGCACUGCGCCCCCUUCUCCUAGCUCGCUCUCCCCAAGUGCAGAGGGUUUGAAAGGGGGCUUCUUCAAAAUGGAGUUAGAGGACACCAAGAGGAAGCUCUCGGAGGCCGUGCACGAGCCUCUGAGCACCAUGUUCAGCAAGAUCAUGAGAGAGGAGAGUAUAGGCAGCCCCAAACACCAGGGGAGGACCCAGGGGGCUCAUCAGGCCAGCCCCAGAGGUCUGGGCCGUGAAAGCAGCACGGACACGGUUCUCUCCGAGUCUCCUGUGAGGAACACUAGAAAAACGGAUGCUGAUGUUUUGCCUGUGUUUGACUGGCCUUCUGUUAGGCAUCCUGGGAGAGGUUACCGCAGCCACUGCCCAGUGCAUCGCAACAGACACCACCACAGGGACGAGGAGCUGGAAAUAUGUGCAGACGGUGACACGAUGCAAGUAUUAGCCACUGAGACUUACCAACCGGCACGGAGCUCACCCGCUGGUCCUCAGGUCCUGGCACCACCCUCAGUUAGGACUUCGCCCCUUCCUCAGCCCCCUCAUCCUCUCCCACGCAUGAGUUUAUUUUGCAUGGCAGUCUUGUCCUACGGCUACUUCAUCUUACCUCUCAGUCCAUACUUCUCCGGCCUGGCUUUGGGAUUAGCAUUGGGAUUCCUGCUAGGAUUGCUGCUCAUCAGGAUGGGUUCCUCCAGAACUCGCUGCUCAGAUACUCCAUACAGACCUCCACAGACUCUGCUGGGGGAGGGGAUUCUGACAGGAGGCACAUUGAGCAGGGAGCCUAAUACCCUCAAGGGCUGGAUGAAUGAGAUGUGUGAUUACGACCCAGAAACCUACCACCCAGCUCUGACUCACUCUGUGUUUGCCACCCUGGAGGGCUCCUGUCUCCGUCUGGACUCCCCACGCACCAACAUUAGCCGCAGGGCCACAUAUGAUGAGAGAGUCGUCGAGGCCACCUUCGUCAAGUCACGCUCCUUUCAGCUUGCAAAGAGCAAAGUAUUCCUGCUGCCAUCUGUGUUGGCUCGGAAGAGGAUGUGGAACCCGAAGUACCCCAUCUGCAUCCACCUGACAGGGGGAGCAGACUCUGAGGUGGAUGAGGGAGGAAAGUCGGAGGAUAGUUGUGGAGAGGACCUGGGAGCCGAACCAGCAAGUCCACAACGAAGUUCCUCCAAAGAUGCCCAAGACCUUCCCAUCACUAUUUACCUCUUCGGCCGCACAGGACGAGAGAAAGAAGAGUGGUUUCGUCACUUCCUGUUUGCCUCCAUGGAUACAGAGAGGGAAAAGGAGAGGCCUGGCAGAUGUGUGUCCAGAUCGGGUGACCCAGCGCCGGCACAGAGCGUUGGCGCCUCGGGCAACGUACCAAUCAGCAGAGGCCCCAGUAGAGUGGACAGCAGCGACGACGACGCCCCCUCCACGCCGCCCCCUUGCAGCUCUUCAGCUCAUAUCAGUAAGACCCCCAGUAGCACCAGGGGCCUUACUGCUUUGGACUACCCGCGCUACAUGGCUCGUCUCCUCGCCACAGAGGAGCUGACCCCUCUCUCCAGUCCUGGAGCCAGCAGUGCAGAGACAAGCCCCACCAUCAAAGGAAAUUGCACCUGUGAUCUAGCCGAGCAGCCUGGGUCGAGCCAGACUGCCUGGGCUAACGCUUUAAUUGGACGAAUCUUCUGGGACUUUCUGCGAGAGAAGCACUGGGCCGACGUGGUUUCCCACAAGAUCCAGAAGAAGCUGAGCAAAAUCAGAUUGCCUUACUUUAUGAAUGAGCUGACUCUGACUGAGUUGGAUAUGGGCUGCGCCAUGCCACAAAUCGCCACUACCUCCAGACCGGAGGUCAACCACAGAGGCCUGUGGCUGGAGCUGCAGCUGGCCUACACUGGUGCUCUGCAGAUGACCCUGCAGACCAAGUUCAAUCUGUCCAAGCUGGGGAAAGAGGGCGGUCAGGAUACAGACUGUGCGAUGGACACUGGUAGCCCACGGCCCAUCUUCAGCGUGUUGGCCGACAGUGAUGAAGAGUCCUCCAGCGCUGGUUCAUCUGAUGAGGAAGAGCUGCUUCUGUCUGAGCCUCAGGGUCCAGUGGGGGAGAAGGGAUCCACACCGGCUACUGAUGGGACAGCGGGCGGGAAGACUGGAAGGAAGAUUUUGAGAUUUGUGGACAAAAUCGCCAAAUCCAAGUAUUUCCAGAAGGCGACGGAGAACGAGUUCAUCAGGAAGAAGUUCGAGGAGAUGUCCAACACGCCGCUGCUGCUCACCGUGGAGGUCCAAGAGCUGUCAGGGACGCUGGUCGUCAACAUCCCGCCGCCCCCCACGGACAGGAUCUGGUACAGCUUCUGUGUGCCUCCCAAGUUGGACCUGCGUGUCCGUCCCAAACUCGGGGAGAGGGAGGUGACCUUUUGUCACGUGACCGAGUGGAUUGAAAAGAAGUUGCAGGAUGAGUUCCAGAAAGUUUUUGUGCUGCCAAACAUGGACGACAUCUACUUACCCCUGAUGCGCUCGGUGGUGGACAGCCCUCAAGCCUCACAGCGUCUGUCCUCUCAGUCCCAGCGGUCCCAGAGCUCCUCCACAGAGUCCAUCGAGAGGAUCCCACCCGAGGUCUCCGGGGCAGAGUUGGACUAGUGCCUCGCUGCUUGAUAACCGAAGGAGAGCUGACCCCCUCGCAGAGCAGAUGUGCACAGAGAGAGAGGAGGGGGACGGACAGGAUGUAAUGUUACUAUUUGCCUCUAUAGACCUCGGUAGCUCUUAGGCAGACUUACUGAGCCCCGGUCUGUCUGAGCUGGGAGCUUUCUAAAAGUCCGAUGUUUAGCGCUGUACGUGUGACGAAGAGUCUGGACUUUAUUUGUAACAUCUUAAAGAGCUUAAUGACGUGGUGUAGUCCGAGUGAGUUGCAACAGAUUACUGUACUAACAACUACAAGUGAUACCUUUUGCAAAUGUUUACAUGUGAAUGAUUCCUAUGAGAU